AUGUCUCUGGAAAAUUUAAAAACACAGAGAAGAUCUGUGAAAUCUUCUAUUGCCAGAAUGAAUAACUGGAUAACUUCCCAAUUUACUGUUACAAAUGAAACUGCAUUUAUGAAUGAAUGUAUAAACAGACGCGACAAGCUUGAAAAGUAUUUCUUACAAUAUGAAAAUAUUCAAGGUCAAAUUGAAAUGCUUAUUGAAAACUCUCAGGAUGAAUUAUCAGAUAACGAAGACAUAGACUUAGUUGAGAAAAAAUACUUCACAACUAAUUCUGAACUAUCUAGAAUGAUUGAUGAAUUGACAUCGAACGAUAAUUCAAACUCUCAGAGUCAAACUAAUAAUAAUUGUAAUAUCGACGUCAAGUUACCUGAUAUUUCCUUGCCUAAAUUUAAGGGUCAGACGUCAGAGUGGCCUUCAUUCAUUCAACUCUUUGAAAAUCUGAUUAUUUCUAACAAUAGCUUAACAAAUAUCAAAAAAUUGCUAUAUUUAAAAGCUUCCCUUUCUAACGAGCCCUUGCAAUUGAUAGACGAUCUAGAACUUUGUGAUGACAAUUUUCAAAUAGCUAUAGAUACUUUAAAACAAAGGUAUGAUGAUCAAAGUGUUCUACUGUAUAACUUAAUUGAUCAAAUAUACCAACAAAAACCUGUGAGCAAAACUUGCCCUACGCUUUUACGUGAAAUAACGGCUAAAAUGUAUAAAAUUAUACAAUCAAUUGAUAAAUAUAAAUUCAUACAUUCGAAUAAUCUCUGUAAAAACUGUCUAGGAGGUCGCCACAUCACAAGGGAUUGUAAAUCUCUAAAAUCUUGUUCAAUAUGUCAAAAAAGACAUCAUACUUAUCUCCAUUCUGACUCUUUCCGUGCAAAUGAUAAUGCACAUAAUAAUAAUAAUGGUUCUAUUUCCCAAAACCGUUAUAACAAUUCACAACCUAUUUACUCCAAUGUACAUACGACAAAUGGUCAACAUCCUCACACCAAAUCGAUAAAUAAUCGAAAUAAUAACUUUAAUCGUCAAAUUGACGAAAAUUCACAUUCUCACCAGGCUACUGAUAAUCGACAAAAUCCUUCUAGACCACAGAAGAAUUAUGAUAAUGCUGAAACCAACGAAAACUCACAAGAUAAUAAUUCUAACGUAUCUGCUAUACAAACACAAUCCUUAUCUGCUCUAUCCACUGAAUGCCACGUGCUUCUAGCUACGGCUAAAAUAAUUAUGUAUGACUCUCACAAUAACCCAUUUAAAACUACUAUUCUGCUAGACAACGGUUCCCAAAACUCAUUUGUUUCACAAGAACUAGUAAAUAAACUACAAUUGAAAACGUUUGAAAAAACACUGCAAAUUUCCGGCAUAUCACAAACAGUAUCAACCACAAAUAAAAUGGUUCAUUUAAAAUUCUUUCCACAUUCCAAUCCGAUCAAACACUUUGAAAUACCUUGUGCAGUAUUGCCAAAAAUUACUUGCAAAUUACCACAAGUAAAAAUUAACGUAAGCCAGCUACGUCUGCCUACUGAUAUUAUUCUAGCCAAUCCAGAAUUUAACAUACCAUCGGAGAUUCACAUUCUAGUUGGGGCCGAUUUAUAUUACAAACUUCUUACACCAGGUAUCAUAGAUCUCGGUAAAAAAUUACCUAGUUUACAAAAUACUAGCUUAGGCUGGAUAAUUGCUGGAACUAUUCCAAACAGUGCUUCUUUUAAUUCCGUGAAUAUUCAAAAUAAUGAUUCCGUGUUUACAAGCUGUAAUCAUAUUUCUAUAUCGAACAAAGACCUAAGUUCAUCUCUUUCUAAAUUUUGGGAACAGGAGGAAAUUCCUUCUAAGAGUAUUCUCUCGUCUGACGACGAACUAGCGGAAACUAUUUUUCAAAAUUCCACACAAAUUCUGGAAAACGGCAGGUUCCAAGUCAAUUUCCCGUUGAAAUCUGAAAAAGAACACCAUAAACUCAGUGAAUCAUUUCUGAUCGCUAAAAGGCGAUUUCUCUCGCUCGAAAAUAGAAUCCAUAAAAAUCCAGAAUUAUUUUCUGAAUAUAGUAAAUUUAUUUCUGAAUAUGUAAACUUGGGACAUGCAAAAUAUGUCACUCUUAACCUCACUAAUUCAAAAAACGAAUUAAAAUAUUUUAUCCCACACUUAUGCGUAAUUCGUGAACAAAGUAUAUCUACAAAACUUCGUGUUGUCUUUGAUUCUAGUUGCCCUACCUCAACAGGUGUUUCUUUAAAUGAUAUAACUUUGAAAGGGUACCAGGUGCAACCAGAUCUAUUCGAUAUUCUUUGCCGUUUCAGGCUAAAUAAGUUUGCGAUAACUUCUGACGUACAAAAAAUGUUUCGUCAAAUUUCUAUAAACACAGAACAUCGUUUUUUACAAAAUAUAUUAUGGCGAGAAAAUCCUCAACAACCCCUGCAGUGCAUUGAGUUAUCAACUCUAACUUAUGGUUGCAAUUUCUCUCCAUUUGUAGCGACAAGAGUAUUGCAAGAGAUUGCAAAUAAUAAUAGUUCCAAUUUCUCUUUAGCGGCAAACGCCCUCAUAUCCGAAACUUACAUAGAUGAUAUAAUUUCAGGUACAAAUUCUGAACAUGAAUUGAUAACAUUAAUUAAAGAAUUAAAAAUUGUAUUAGGAAAUCACGGGUUCAAUUUACAUAAGUGGGCCUCAAAUAACUCAAACGUUCUCGCUGAAAUUUCUGAUUCAAACAAUUCUUCUUUCUUACAAAAUCCUGAAAAAUGCAUUAGUCUUGAUUUAGAAAAUUCUCAAAAUAAAGUUCUAGGCCUAAAUUGGAUCCCAGCUUCUGAUAAUUUGAACAUUUCUGUCCCCACUACCUUUUCAAUAUUCCCCGCAACCAAGAGAAAAAUUCUCUCAACCAUAUCGCGAUGUUUCGAUCCUCUUGGACUUUAUAAUCCCAUAAUAUUGUCUGGAAAACUUUUGGUCAAACAAUUAUGGCAAGCUAAACUUGACUGGGACACAGAGAUAUCAGAUCCAGUCAUACUGGAAAAAUGGCAUACAUUCGUAAACAAUCUUCCUAAGCUAUCUCAAUUAACUAUUCCAAGAUUCAUUUUUUUGGACAAAUCUAUCAAUCUCAUCGAAAUGCAUGGUUUCUCAGACGCGAGUCUGAAAGCUUUUGGCGCAUGCGUGUAUUUACGAACCAUUUAUUCUGACAAUUCUGUUUCCUUUCUUCUUAAAGAGGAUAUGCUACCCCCUCUACAGUGGUCUACAGGAAGAAUCAUCGAAACGAUGCCGGGGCCUGAUGGGAAUGUGAGGGUAGUAAAAGUUAAAACAGCAACUGUGGGAGCCGCAAAGAUAUCGGAACUAAAAAACAUAUAUAGCAGCGAAAAUCUUACGGGAGAUUCCAAAUUGCUCUACAACGUUUUCAAGGAAUUUAAAAACAAACCUUCUACAGACAAUUUAAUAUCCCAGUUCACAGACAGCGAUGAAAUAACGUACGAUAUUCAAGAUAUUCCUGUUAUAACAGAAGACAACAUCCUAUGUGAUGUUCCAUCGACUUCGAAUUGUGAGCCGCUUAUGCAGUUUGCCAAAAAUUCAUCUCCAGAGAUGUUAUUAGAAGAUUGUAACAAAGGCAUUGUGUCUAACGAAAAAAAAAACACGUCAAUUGAGAAAUUCUUUUUCUGGCCCGAAACACCAAAAAGAAAAGGUAAAAAGCAAACUGUGCUUUGUGCUUACUUCUUCCGAUCGUCAAAAUGCUGA